AUGACCAUCAGUGCAGGAAUCGGAUGGAGGACGAUCGGCGCUCUUCUGAUCGUUCUUGGCAUGAUGGCGCGCGGAGGCGGUGCAAUAGACUGCUUCAAGUGCGUGUCGAUCGGGGGCGACAACGAGUCCUGCGAUGACCCCUUUCACAACAACGGAAGCCUCGAGUUCCUGCAGUCGCCGUGUCUCGGUGGUCGUAAGGGCCGCGACGGCCUCUUUCCUGCCACCGCUUGCAUCAAGCUCGCCGGUAGAUACGUUGACACGGGGACGACUCUGACGGUGAGAACAUGUGCCUUGGACAGCGGGACGCUGACAACCGACUCCGAACUUAUACGAAUGUCUCACUGCGGUGGAUUCUACUUCGAAAACAGGUAUCUACGAGGCUGUGUGCAGUCCUGCAGCGACGCGGACGCCUGCAACUUCGCCUCGACCUCCAAACCCACGACGAGUUUGAGUCUGUUACUGGUCAUCGUCGGUACGCUGCAACUGGUCUCGUCACCGCUAUGA